AUGUCUGGUCAUGGGAAGGGUGGCAAGGGUUUGGGCAAAGGUGGUGCCAAGCGCCACAGGAAAGUUUUGUGUGACAACAUCCAGGGAAUCACCAAGCCUGUUUUCCUGGAGAAUGUGAUCCGGGACACAGUCAACAACACGGAGCAUGCCAAGAGGAAGACGUUCACUGCAAUGGACAUCGUUUAUGUGCACCAAUGCCAGGGCCGUACCCUCUAUGGCUUCAGAGGCUAA